AUGUUAUUACCCAUGGGUGUCGCAUUGUGUCGCAUAACUGACGAUGAUGAUAGUGUGUUACCACCCCCGCCGCGAUAUCCAUCACAGGCAGCGUACAAUCUCGCGGUUCAAAAUGGAAUGGCUGCGCCAAUGGUAGAGACGAACAACCUUCUCAAACACCCGGAGGGACUACAAUUACUUGUUGGCGAAGGUACGAUUCCAUUCGCGGAAGCUUAUGUACUCAAUGCUGAGAUCACUUCUUUAGGAACAUAUUUGCUACGGGACGACCUACAGCUUGCGACACCCCCUAAUCAUCCUACUGAGAUUCCGGUCCUGAACCCGAAUCCUUUAUCUACGACUCCGCAACCUGCUACGUCUGGAACGAAGCUUUCUCUCCUUUCCUUUAGCUCGAAGCCUUCUCCGUCUCCUCUCUACAGACUCGAUACGGAUAAAAGUUCUCGGACGGGGCUGGCUCAAUCCAGUAUACAAGAACAUCCAUAUGAAAAUCGUAAUUCUUCAGAGGUACCGGGAAGUAGUGAUGGCGGAGGGACUUCAGUCAAUGACAGUGCGAGAGCUGCAGUGUCAAUAGGAUCCGCACCGGCGUUUGGCGAGGGAAACUCACUGUUAUCAUUAUCGAGUAAAGAUACUGGGAAACGUCGCAAGCCAAAAAGUGGCAUUCUGAAGAGCAAUUCCUCGUUUAUUUCACGAUGUAUCGUUCAUGAAAAUUUAGUCAAAAGGCUACAAGAUCGUCCAAACGAUGGGUAUUUCGCAUUUGCCAACAUAAGUCGGGCUUUUCAGUGGCUUGAUUUGUCUUCUCCAAAUAAGGAUCAUCUGCUCAAAAUUUUGUUUACCAAAGCCCAUUGUCUCUGUCAUGAUGUCAAUCAGGUUACCAAAGGUCCAAACCAUAUAGACCUUAUGAUGGGAUUUUCGACAGGUGAAAUCAUCUGGUUCGAGCCAUUCACGCAGAAGUAUUCACGGCUGAAUAAGAAUGGUAUCAUAAAUUCAACACCAGUCACCCAGAUCAGAUGGAUUCCCGGCUCGGAGAAUCUAUUUUUAGCAUCACAUAUGGAUGGAUCCCUCGUUGCAUACGACAAGGAGAGAGAAGAUGCAGCUUUUGUACCAGAAGAGGCUGGACCUGAGACUAAUGGCAGUGUUCCAAGCGAAGAAUAUUUGGACUCGGCUUCGAAGUCAAAAGCCAAACUCCGGAUUGACAAAUCAGUGCAUUCAAAGAACCAAAAGUUUAAUCCUGUUUCAUUUUGGAAACUUUCCAAUCAGCCAAUCAAUAAUUUCGCUUUCUCACCUGAUAAUAGGCAUUUGGCUGUCGUGUCUGAGAAUGGAACUUUGCGAAUAAUUGACUAUUUGAAGGAGCAAUUACUGGAUAUCUACAAUAGCUAUUUUGGUGGCUUGACUUGUGUUUGUUGGUCACCUGAUGGCAAGUAUGUUCUUUCCGGUGGUCAGGACGAUCUGGUUUCAAUAUGGUCAAUGGCAGAUUCCGCCAUCAUAGCUCGAUGCACCGGCCAUACAUCCUGGGUAACAGCUGUCGCUUGUGAUCCAUGGCGUUGUGACGAUCGAAAUUAUCGGUUUGGCAGUGUGGGUGAGGAUGGUAAACUCUUAUUAUGGGAUUUCAGCGUUGGAAUGCUGCAUCGUCCUAAAGCCGCUUCCGUUCGUCAAAGGGGUAGUAUAUCUUCCCGAAUGCCUAGCUCUCUCCAAAGAGUUGAAAGUCAAGGCACAACAGCUACUGCCAGUCGAUUUCGCUCAAACUCAAGUCUUUCCAACGGCGAAGGACAGUCAGAGAAUACCGUGGAUCAUCCCGUAGAACCAAGAGCGAAAAUAUCCAUGUUACCUGCCGUUUGCUCAAAAACUGUUGCUCAGGAUCCAAUCUGUUCAUUAGAGUUUACAGAGGAUCAUAUCAUUACUAGCGAUAAGGCCGGGCAUAUCCGCACGUGGAACAGGCCAAAGGAUCACGAAGAUUCCGAUGAUGCUGAUGCCGAUGUUGUAGCGCCGUCUCUUGCUUCGUGA